UGACUAUUGGAGCGGUUUGGUUACAAAUUGCCUAUUGGUUGGCGGCAUAACUCUAGUGACUAUAGACUCUAGUGUUUAGUUAGAAAAAACCUGAUCCCAGAAGAAAAUCUACUAUUUAUAUAGCGAUGGCCACUAACGGUACUGACAUCACUCAUGUAACCAUUGAUGACGAUGAGGACGAGGACGACCAAGAAGUCAAGUUAACGGCCGACGAGUGCCAGAAAUUGGUCGAAGAGUUUGUGGCGCUGACACAGACUGACGAAGCGUUGGCACAGUUUUAUCUACAGGACAGACAAUGGGAUGUCAAUCGAUCGGUCAACGAUUAUUUGGAUCAAUUGGCCACAGCUAGUGGUAGUGGUAGUACUGGUGACCAAAACAAUAGCCGCAAACGUCAUGCGAUUGCCGAUGAAGUUGUUGUCAGCAGCGAUGAUAACGACGUCGACAACGAUAACAGCAAUGAUUGUGAUAUAGUCUUUGACACCAAAAAUACCAAAACAUUGAAAACUAGCGAUAAGUCUACCGAAGAAGAAGAAAACCAAGAAGUGGUAACCGAUAUCAAAGAUCUUCGAUUUAUUUGCUGGAAUAUCGACGGAAUCGAUGAGAAGAAUCUGCGGCUCAGAACGGAAGCCGUCUGUAAAUUCAUACGAAAUGAAAAAGCAUUUAUUGUAUUCUUGCAAGAAGUGAAUCAAACGGCUGAAUCCAUUUUACGCCAACAACUACCCGAUUAUGAACUACUAACCGGUGACAGUCAGAUUGUCGACUACUAUACGGCAACAUUGAUUCACAAGAAGUCAAUCAAAUUAGAUACCAAUGAAAUCAUACCAUUCCAUGACUCGAUGAUGGGUCGCAAUCUACUGAAGACAAAAAUCUCUAUUGGCAACAAAUCUGUCUAUCUAUUGAACACACAUCUGGAAAGUACUAAAGACUUUGCCGACAUUCGUGUCCAACAAUUGCGAAGAGUAUUCAAACUGAUGACCGAAUUAGACCAACAAUCGACAGUCAUUUUUGGCGGUGAUCUCAAUCUCAGAGACAAUGAAGUAGCAAAAUGUGGUAUUCCUCACAAAGUAUACGACGUCUGGAUUAAGACCGGCGCCCGCAAAGAACUGGAGUACACAUGGGAUAUGACCCGAAACGACAACUUGCAGUUCAUGGGCGCCAAAUACAAGCCGCGACUUCGGUUCGACAGAAUAUAUGUGAGACCAUCGACGGUGGCAGCGGCGGCACCCGAAGUCGAGGCCAUCCGUUUUGGUCUCAUUGGUUUAGAACGGCUCAAACCGCACGUAUGCUUUCCCAGUGAUCACUGGGGACUUACUGUUCACUUCAAAAUCAAAUAGUUUGAUCUCAUUUAAUAUAUAUAUACAGUAAAAUCAAAAACAUUUGUAUAAAUUGUUUGUUUUUUUUAAAAAACCGGUGUUUUAUUGAUUAUAUAUCGGUAUGAAAAUAAUGUACAGUAUAUUAACGAUACAAUGUUUUUUUUAUAAAUG